CAUGUCUGACUAUGUUUCGUGUGAGAACGCUUAUUAAUUAUUAUUUUAUACCGUGUUUUUAAUAUAACAAUAGUGUGUAACGUGUCAAAGCGCCGAACCAUUGCGUUUUUAAUCUCAGUGUGGUCCCCCUAGAAUUGAAGAAUAAAAUGGCAUGGUGGUAAAGUCAAACCAAAGAGUAAAUACACUGGACAUAAACAUCACCAAAAAUACAUUCAGCAUGGAGGACUCUGGUCGAGGAGCCAGCUACACAGUGCCCUGUGACGACUACGUCCAUGUGGUGGAGUUCAGCCCCUUUGACAGUGGCUCCGCUGCCCUUCUGGCCUAUGGAGGAAACCAGUAUGUGGUGGUUGGCACCUGCCGCUUCCAGGAGGAGGACAUGGAGGUAGAGGGGAUUGAAUUCACCACACUGCGUGUUUUCCAUCAUGCGUUACGCGUGGAUUGCCUCGCAUGGAGCCCUGAGUCUCGGCUGGACAAGCUGCCCCAACUCAUCAGAUUUUGCACUGCUGCAGCAGACAGAAAAGUGAGGCUGUUGACUUCUGAUCUUCAGAAUCAACAUGAAGUCAAGGUGAUGGAGGGUCACACCAGCUACAUCAACCACUUAGUGUUUGAACCCACGGAGGGGAAACAAAUCGCUUCGGUCAGUGAUGACCAUACAUGCAGGGUGUGGGACCUGGAGGGGAAUGAAACCACUACAUUUAGACUACGCUCUCCUGGUGUCAGUGUGUGCUGGCAUCCUGAAGAUGCCUUCAAGCUGAUGGUGGCCGAGAAAAAAGGGACGAUACGGUUCUAUGACCUGGUUACCCAGCAGGCCAUUCUUUCUCUGGAUUGCGGCCAGUCGCCACUCAUGUCGGCCGACUGGUGCCUCACCAACACCAUCAAGGUGGGCGCGGUGACUGGCAGCGACUGGGUCAUCUGGGAUAUUACCCGCUCCAGUUACCCACAAGAGAAGAGGCCUGCCCAUGUAGAACGAGCAGGAAACUUCAGGUGGUCUCGGGUCAAUGAGAAUCUCUUCUCCACAACAGGAUGUCCAGGCAAGAUCAGCAGUCAGUUACUAGUGCAUCACCUUGGUCACCCGCAGCCCGUGAUGAUUGGAUCAGCCACGGUGGGGGCGGGUCUAAGCUGGCACAGGUCCCUCCCACUCUGUGUCAUUGGCGGUGACCGAAAGCUCUCUUUUUGGAUGACAGAAAUGUAAUGCAGUCACUCCCUAUGGACAUACGGGAGGCAAUGCAAAUGUACAUUGAAACUGUUUGACAUGAGGUGUGGUUGGAUAUUUCUAUUUUCAUAAUUUUUCAAUAAAGUAUUUCAUUUUCCA